AUAUAAAAGAUAUUAGAUUUUGAGAAUUUGUUUUGUGAAUUAUUGUUCGCCUACCACAAAAGGUUUAUUCUUCGCCGCUCUUUUAAGUUUUUUUUGGGUAAUUUUUUUUUUUGCAAAUGGUUCAUACACAAUCUAUUUACCAGGGUACUUUGCUUUGUGAUGACAUUGAUGGCGUAAGUAAACCUGGGAAAGAGAAUGGUUUAUGUUAAAAUUAAACAAUCUAUUUAAAUAAUUUUUUAGGCUAUUCAAUCAAUUUGUGUUUUAUCUCUAAUGUAAUCUUUGAAUUUUCAAAUUCUAUUUUUUUGUUUGUUUUAAUCCAGACAUUUAAGCAUCUCAUGUGUUCCUUCUUAAUAUUUUUUCUUCACUUUUUCCUCAAAGAUAAAAAUAUAAAUAUUGCUGGCUUUGAGAAAAACGAUGAAUAAAAGUGAGAAAACGUAGAUUACGAAAAAAUAUACGUGCAUUAUAAACAUCAUUGGAAUGUGAAUGAAAACGAACAUUAAGUAUUUCUACAUACACGCACAUUUGCAACAAAGUUACAAAAGAUGUUAUGUAUAAAAUUGGUGGAUAAUUCUGUAAUUAUUUAGCAGAGAAAUAAUUAGCUUUCCAAAUUGCCAUAGCUGGUUAAAAAAACAACUUGGAUGAUUCCUGUUUAUGACUACUGGGUAGCUAAUUAUUUUCUUUCAAAAACAUUAUUACAACCUACUCCUCAGGAGUUACGACAGUUCAACUAUGUAGCUGUUUUUGUCCAAUUUACAACGCAAGAUGUUGGUGGGACGAAAGCUUUAUCUUCUCAUUUCUUUGGUUUCUUCCUGGGAUUUACUGAUCGAUGGUAGUGUAAGAAUUAUCUCAAAGAAAGGAGAUAUAAACAUAGCAGUAUUUUUAUCUUUGUGUCUCAACAGAAGAUUAAACGUAGAUUCCCUGUUGAUGUUGGAAGCUAUCGAUUCGCAAAUAAAUAGAAAUAACCUGUUAUUAAAACGUCUUCUUCAAAGGAGAACGUAUGGUGGAAUAACAUCAGGCUACGUGAUUUACGAUACAUGCGGUGAAUCUGAAAACGCAAUAAAAGAUGUUUUUGAAAUUGGCUUGGAGCAUGUAAACACCUUGUCCAGAAGUAACCGUAGUUGCUGUGCUGCUUAUCCUUCGCGUAAGGAUGAGAUACUCGUAUUAGCUAAGUUGCAAAGAGAUGAAUCAUCUUUGUUACUAAAUUUAUUGCUAGUUGCGAACAAACCAUAUGUUGCACUAUCUCGUGACAACUGGCAUUAUCAUUAUGAUCAAUCCAAUAAAGGCAAUUAUAGAUCACAUGCUCAAAACUUUGAUGUAUUUAAAGUAUAUGUUAAGAUUAUAAAAGAGAUGAAAUGGAAAAAUUAUGGUCUAAUUUAUUCUAAUAACUCAUAUGGCGUAACAGGGUAUUUAAGGUCACUGGAUAUAUUUAAGAAGGAAGACUUUUGUUUCAGUGCCUAUUACAUGUUUACUAGUGGUACUCAUAAUAUAAGUAAUCACGCUGUAAUGAAAACACUUAAGAGGGAUGCAUACAUUGAUGUUGUUAUAUUGUGGCUAACAGUUGAAGAUAGCAUCCAUUUCUUUCAUCUAGCGAAACAAUUUUCAAUAUUUAACAGAACUUGGUUAGCAGGUCCUGUCAUUUCAUACCUUCCUUCAUCUUAUUUUCGGUCGUUUGAACCAUUUGUUAUACAAGGAAUGAUAAUCGUCAAAAGAGAGACUGUUUCAAAUCCCAAAUAUUUACUAAGACCGAGAAAUGUAGCCAAAUGGGGUAAAAUUACCAAUACUACAACUUUGCAGGGUCUUAACAAAACACAUUUGGAGUCCUUGGCAGAACAAAUAACACCGCAUACCAUUGAUUUGCUGGAUGAUACUGUGACUACUCUAAUGAUAUUUCAACAAGACAUAUUGAAACAUAUCCUCAAGCAUUACUCAAAACCUAAUAGCUAUAUUAUUAACCAAAUUCAAAGGCAUUCCGUAAACCUUAGAACAACUCAAUUAAAUUUGGCAGAAAUACAAAUUUUACAAAUCAAUAAAAUAAAUCGGACAAUAUAUUUUGCAACUGUCGCCACUGUGGAAACUAGUGGCGUAGUAGUGCGUAUCUCUAAAAUCGGAAAAAGUGUAUGGGCAGGAUACAAAGACACCGCUCCAGUAUCAAACUGUCACGAUAUUUGUCAGGCAGGCUUUGAGCCUAUCUAUACAAAUAAAAAAUGUUGCUUUAUAUGUGAAAAAUGUGAGGAACAGUACUAUCAGCCACGCCAUGGCAAAUCAAAUUGUUUAAAGUGUCCUUCUGAUACAGAAUCAAACACAAAUAGAACGUUAUGUUCUCCUUAUACGAACAAAUACAUUACAUAUAACUGUAAGGAAGCUUAUGUUGUACUAACCUUAAUGGCAGUUGGUGUAAUCGUUACCUUAAUGUUUUGUAUUUUGUUUAUAAGGCAUAAAGCAACACCAGUUGUUCGUUCAUCUAUUUUUUCGUUAUCCAUAACGCAGUUAAUUACUCACCUUAUUCUCUUUUUGGUACCGCUUGCAUCAAUUGGUCAGAUAAAUGACACAUCUUGCAUAAUUACAUUAGUGAUGCAAGGUCAAUUAAUAUGCUUUCUGUUAUCAAUCAUAUUUUCAAAAACCAUGUUCCUUGUAGGUGUGUUUCAAAGCAAAACAGUGCUUGCACAUUCCACUAUAGUAAGAUCUUUUCAACAUGUCUGGCUGUUGGUAAUUCAAAUAAUUUAUGGAUUGAUUGUCACUGCUGCUCUUUAUUAUUCACCAAAUGGUAUUACUCCCGUGAAAAAUAAAGACACGCUUGUUAAUGAACUAAUAUGUGAGAAUUUUACUCUGAUGGUAUCUCAAUUUACUUUUAUAUUACUUCUAACCGCUGUUUGUAUGGUUCAAGCCUUUCGUGCACGACAGUUACCUUCGUAUUACAAUGAUGGAGAUAAGAUACUAUACGCAUCAUUUGGCGUCAUCCUAACAUUAAUCAUAGCUGCAUUGUUGCAUCCAAGUUUAAAAGACAUCAAUCAUAAAUUUCUUCAUUUUCAGCUCUUCAACUGGCUCAUAAACGUUUGUGUUUUGAUAUUCAUGUUUGCUUUAAAAGUAUGGAUUAUUCUUUUUAAGCCUGCAAAAAACAAUAUUCACGCGUUUAAGGAAGUUUUAUAUAAUAACACAACAGAGAAAAUUAACUCAAAAAUUAUAAGAAGAAAAAACCGUCAAAAUCGGUAACAGGUUGUUAUGAAUUUUUGUCAUGAUCUGUACUUAUUUUUCGUAAUAACAGUUUCAUUGCUAGGAUUUAAAAGAUGGAACAAAAAAGACUCCGUUGGUUAAAGCAUGCGAGCGAGUUUGACGCAUCACGCGAAAAUCAAGAUUGAAAACAUAUAUAGAACAAGCACAAGGCAACAUAGUUUUCAAAUGGCAUAUUUUUUUCCAUUUUUACAAGUACAAAUAAAAUAAUAAUACAUCUAUAAUUGAAAGACAGCAGAUCCUUAUUUGGAGCAAGAAUGAAAAAUAUAGAGUAUUACUAGCAUUGACAAAAUAGCACGCGUAAGACUUUUUAAUUUGAUCAAAGACAUGUAAAAAUUAUUAUCAUUGUCUAUAAAAAUUCUGCUCAACAAUCAGGUAAAGUAUGUGAAUAAGCCUUUGAUCAUUUACAAUAAUAAAUUAAACGUUAGAAAGAUAUUUAAUCAGAAAUCCUUGGAAAGAUGUGGUAGACUCAGCUAUGAAAACACCAGGUAGAAACAUAUCAUCCUAAAACCUACACUCAAGCACGAUUUAAAUAAGGAUUGUGGGGAAUUUUUCAUCUCUAUUCAAAAGAAUAGUUUUAAUUACUGGGUUGAAAUUUACUUUCUGUAGCAACCAUAAAACAUUUAAAGACAAUAGAUAUAUUGUUUAGAAAAAACCUUAUUAAUAUAAAUGUAAAGGCAUUGUUAAUUAACCGUGAAAUAUAUAACUUGACGACAUAUUU